AUGAGCUCGAUGGCUGAGGGCAGUGAGGGUUGGUCGCGCGAAGACGAGCUUGACCUAGGCCACGAAGGCGAUCACCGACAACCCGACCAUGGUGCCCUCGAUCAAACAUUACCUUCCCCGCAGGAACCAGUGGAAGAGGAAUUGGACACGAUAGACGAAGCGGGGAACCACGAUUCCGAGAAAACAGCGGGACAUAAUGAUUUCAAUUUCCCAGAAACCCCUCCGCCGCGACACGCGGACUGGACCGCGUCAGGGAGCGCGGAUGGAACAGGGUCAAACCCCGACGAUUCCCCAUCGCUACAUGGCUCUCUUCAGUCCUCUCUGGAUAGCAGUGCUCUCGCGCUCCGCGGAUCUCCGCGAGUCAGCCCAAGCCCGGCCCGUCGCCCCUUUGACCUUCGCUUUCAGUCCCGAUUAUCUUCAUCGCCGCAAAGUUUAUCUAGAGCCGGCUCGCCAUUCCUAGCGCAUCUUCACUCCAGACAGUCUUCAAUAACCAGCCAGGUCUCCCCGACCCCAGAAACAGAAGCCGAACCGCUACAGGGGCCUUGGGAUGUGGUGCGAUGGACAAAGCUUCGGAAAAUCACUGGGCAAGCGUUUUCUGAAAUCGGGAAGCGCAAUUUCGGACGACCAACUUGCCUUGCAGUCUCCACGUCGAUUGUAAUAGGUACAUCCAAGGGUAUUAUUCUCGUGUUUGACUAUCAGCAAAGUCUGAAGACUAUUAUUGGAACGGGCACACCAGCUGUUGAAUGCGGUGCUGUUACAUCACUGGCACUUUCCGCCGAUCACUCUACCGUUGCAGGGGGCCAUGACUCUGGCGAUAUCUUUACCUGGGAGAUUUCGCGCUCGGCAAAGCCUUUCCUUCAUAUCCCGCCAAUUCCGGCCAAUCAAGUCGAGACUCGAAUAUCCGAUGGCCAUCUUUCAGGUUCUGCGGUCAUUCAUAUCGGCUUUCUCGGCACCAGGCGAACCGCGCUGGUCUCGGCUGACACACGGGGCAUGUCGUUCUCACACCUGGCAACAAGAGGGAUGGGUGCAGUGGGGAGAACAGUCAAGACGACUCGAAUUCUGGGUCGAUAUCCUCAGGCAACGACAGAUAUCAAGCGGCGUAAGCCUAGCUCUGUUCUUGCUUUCUCUCCUCUGCCACUGGGCAACGUAGAGCAAUCCACUGAUUCGUUGGGCCUCGUUGCUAUGCUGACACCCUAUCUUCUUGUUAUUGUGUCCACCACACCCGUGGCACAAACCCAACACAAAGCACCGAGACCAAAGGAAGUUCCCGCUCACAGUGCCAUGACUGGCGCCUUGGCAUGGUUUCCGGCAAUUCGACUGAAGGGCAAAGACACCCAAACUUCAAACACAAAACUUGUCUACUGCUGGUCAAAUGUGCUGACCGUGCUCGAAGUCUCAGAAGCCGAGUCAGACGAACCUGCAAACAAGGACAAACCCCCCAGUCUUGUCUUCAGAGCACGCAGCAGAUGGAGAGCAGAUGAAGCCAUUGUGGCUGUUCAGUGGCUCAGUCGCUCGGUACUCGCAGUCUUCACAAUAACGCAGCGGCUGCUAAUUAUCGAGGAUUAUUCCAUGCAUGUGACCGACUCGGUCGAUCUCGCCAACAGACAUAUAUAUCACACCGAUCUCUUCUCGUCACAACUCCAUUCACUGGUUGAACAGUUUGACGAAGAGGACGAGUCGAUGCACGGAGUGGUAGCAGAUGCAUUCCAUAUGAGUUUUCGUUCUUAUAAAGGGCGCUUGUUCUUGCUUGGUUAUAAUGAAGCCUUGGUAGGCAAUCUCUCAAAUUGGGCCGAUCGCUUGCUGGCGCUUAUGGAGGCUGGUGACUUCAUUGGGGCCAUUCGACUAGCAACCUCGUACUAUACGGGAGAGUCAGAAAAGCUGACGGUUGGGCUUCCUGAAGAGGAUGUUUUGAGACAGCCCAUUGUGCAAGAAAGGCUUUUGGAAAUGAUUUCCGCCUCCCUCAAGUAUGCUUUUGGUCGAAAUUACGAAGCAAGCAACGGCCGACUGGAGAACCAGCAGCUAGAGGAGCUAGCCGAUGUUUCUAUUGCGGCUUGUAUCUACAUGGCUGACGAAGAGUUCCUCUGGGAAGAAGUCUUCAACUGGUAUGAGGAGCAAGAUUCGGCGGGCAUUUUCCUGGAUGCACUCGAACCGCGCAUCAUUGAUGGGACUCUGCGAUCACUACCCCCGACCGCGGUUAAGGCCUUGAUCAACCAUUUCAUUGGAACUCACUCGACCGGUCGAUUGGAGGAGAUCAUCUGCCUUCUUGACACUACUACGAUGGACAUCGAUCAAGUCACAACGCUGUGUAAGCAGCACAAUCUUUACGACGCCUUUAUAUAUGUAUGGAACCGCUGUCUAAUGGAUUAUGUGGGUCCCCUAGAAGAGCUACUACAUCUGAUUCCCUCACAAUCCGAGCCCUUGGCCAACGGCGACUAUGUGAUUGAAAUGAGACGGCAGAACAAUGCGAUGAAAAUGUUCCCCUAUUUGUCAUUUAUCUUAACGGGUCGCAUCUAUCCCACCGGAGACGACAUGGAUGAGGCUGAAGCCAUGCGAGCCAAAACAGAUUUGUACCAAUUCCUCUUCUCGGGUCGUGCGUCCGGUACGGUACCUAGAGACACCAGCGGGGCAGACUCCUUCUCUCAACUUCGAGCCAUGCUCAAGUUUGACGCUUCCAGCUUCAUGAGCAUGCUCAAUGAAGCAUUCGAGGAUAGCUUCCUAAAUGAGCCUGAGAGCGAGGAUGUCUCCGCGUCCGGCAUGUUGAUCAAUCGACAGUACCUCAUCAGCAUUUUGCUGCAAGUCAUGACCGCCGAUUUUUUCACGCCUUUUGAUACCAUAUACCUUGAUAUGUUUGUUGCGCGCAAUCUGCCAAAAUAUCCACAGUAUAUCCUCCUUUCUGGCACAACCCUCCACCAGGUUCUGGUCCGUGUAUGCCAAUAUCCCGAUCAGGAAAUGGCAGACGAUUGCGAAUUGAGUGCAGAAUAUCUGCUGUCUUUUUACCACCCACCGGACAUGCAGAGCAUGAUUCCUCUAUUCAAGGAGGCACGAUUCUUCCGGAUUCUCAAGUCGGUCUACCGUCUAGAGAAGCAAUAUCCCCUGUUGGUCAUGACUUACCUAGAGGAUCCAAGUGAUCGCGAUGCUAUCUUCACCUGUCUGCAUGACUGCCUCCGUCCAGGCUCUGGGCUUGGAAAAAAACAGAGACGUGGUAUCGUGGAUGUAGUCAAGGAGCAUGCCCGGGAGAUCGCUUCGAUUGACGUGACGCACGCUGCACAGACGAUGCAAGACCUGGCCCCUGAAACACACUCUACGUUUUUGCGGGUUUUGCAAGAUGAUCCCCAGCAACAGUACCAGUACUUGCUGGUGCUCAUCGAGCCGCAGGCUCAGACCGCGGACACCCAAUCUUCACCCAAUAUUGAGAACUGGAUGAUCGAGCGAUAUGUGCAGCUCUUGUGCAAAUAUAACCCCUCUCAUGUGGCGGACUUCGUCGACGGAUUGCGAGUCGGUGACAUCCGCUUAGAUGAACUGCUCCCGUUUAUUGAGGAAAGCGGAGCUAUCGAUGCUGCCGUCAUUCUCCUCGCCCGACAGGGUAAAGUCCGCGAGGCCCUUGACCGUCUUGUCGCACACCUGAACACCCUCGAAUCCGGUCUGGUAGGCAUCCUCCAGAGCGUGCGCGAGAGCCCCGACUCAGCGACUACCGCCGAGGAAAUCGACGACCUCAUGGAGUCUCUGAACAAGUAUGCAGGUGUCGGAACGUGGCUCUGUCAGGGCCAAAGUAAGACAGUCAAGCAGUCGCGCACAAGCAGCGCCAACGGCAAACGCAACGCGCCAACUCUCGAUCAGCCUCUAACGUUUGAAGAACUCCUUUGGCUCGACCACAUUGAAGCCGUGCCCUCCCCCUCCCAACCAACCACAUCCCUCACCGGCGAAAGCGGCCGCCUAACAACCUCAUUCCGCACCCUCGUCCAGCAAGUCUUCACAGCUCUCCUAGCAAGCACAGUAAAAAGCAGCCCAGCCACAACCGAAAGAACAGACAUGUCCUUCUUACGCAUCCUGCGCGCAUUCCUGAGCCGCGCCGCAACCUGGUCGCCCUCGCUCCUCGAGCUGCGCGCCGUGCUAGCAUCCAUCUUUUCCGCCUACUCUUACGAGAAAUCCCUGCUGACCCUCGCAAACGGCAUGUUGGACCGCGACCUCUUCGUCCACGUCGACGAAGUCACCCGUCUACGCCAGCACGGCUGGCGGCCCCGUGGCCACAUCUGCGAGCUCUGCCGCCGUCGCAUCUGGGGCCCGAGUGUUGGUGACGCGCAUUGGUCCGCAUGGGAAGCGCGACGCGCCGAUGCCUAUUCCCACCGCAUCGCGAGACGCAAUGAGGAUAGCUAUGACCCGUCCGAGCGCGGGAAGGGCAAGGCUGCUGAUGUCGGAGUCGGCCAUCCGUCCCGUCUGGAUGCGGGGCGUGCGCAUGCGCAUACUCAUAGCGCUCGCGAUGGUGGUAUAUCCGAUGCGAAUGCUGACCAUGAUCGUGACCAUGAUCACGACCACGCCGAGGAUGGAGCUAGCUCUAGCACCGUGACUUCAGUCAUAGCCAGUACCCCAGAACCCAUUGUGGUUUUCGCCUGUCGACACCUCUACCACCGACGCUGCGUGCUGGACGCCGUCAGCGCGGGGGCCCGACCCGCUGAAACCGCGUUUCGGCGCGACCAUUUGCCCGACUGGUCAGGGGCCGAGCUGUUCUGCCCAGCCUGUACAUAG